CUUGUGACUGUCGCACGUGCUGGGGCCGGAAGCAGCCGUCCCAGCGAUGGCGUCGUUACUCUGGGGAGGCGACGCGGGGGCCGCGGAGAGCGAGCGGCUGAACGGCCACUUUUCAAACCUCAUCCACUCCCAGAACCUUCUGGGUAUCAAGAGUGCUACCAUCCCAAACAUAGAUGGUUCUGUUGAUAGGAUCGAAGAAGAUGAUGAAGAUGAUGUAGGCUCCCGAUGCAUCAUAGCCUUCAAGUAUUUGAUGUCUUUUUUUGACAGCAAGGAAGAGUUACUAAAAGGGAUCUAUGCGAUGGGAUUUAAUAGACCAUCCAAAAUUCAAGAGAUGGCUCUCCCCAUGAUGCUGGCACAUCCACCCCAGAACCUCAUAGCCCAGAGCCAGUCUGGAACAGGAAAGACAGCUGCUUUUGUCUUGGCAAUGCUCAGCAGAGUUAAUGCCUUGAAAUUGUUUCCACAGUGCCUCUGCUUGGCUCCUACUUAUGAACUGGCUCUGCAAACUGGCCGUGUGGUCGAACGGAUGGGGAAAUUCUGUGUGGAUGUUCAAGUGAUGUAUGCCAUUCGAGGGAAUCGAAUUCCCAGAGACACGGACGUCACCAAACAGAUUGUAAUUGGCACUCCUGGGACUGUCCUGGAUUGGUGUUUCAAGCGAAAAUUAAUUGAUUUGACUAAGAUUCGUGUGUUUGUGCUGGAUGAAGCCGAUGUGAUGAUCGACACGCAGGGAUUCGCAGACCAAAGCAUUCGUAUUCAAAGAGCUUUACCCAACGAGUGCCAGAUGCUCUUAUUUUCAGCGACCUUUGAAGACUCUGUGUGGCAGUUUGCCGAGCGGAUCAUUCCUGACCCCAAUGUUAUCAAGUUACGAAAAGAGGAGCUGACCCUGAACAAUAUCCAACAGUACUACGUGUUGUGUGGGAACAGGAAAGACAAGUACCAGGCUCUCUGCAACAUUUACGGCGGCAUCACCAUAGGCCAGGCCAUCAUUUUCUGCCAGACUCGUCGAAAUGCCAAAUGGUUGACUGUGGAGAUGAUGCAAGAUGGCCACCAGGUGUCUCUGCUGAGCGGAGAGCUAACUGUGGAUCAGCGAGCUUCCAUCAUCCAGAGGUUUCGGGACGGGAAGGAGAAAGUCCUUAUAACCACCAACGUCUGCGCUCGAGGGAUUGAUGUGAAGCAGAUCACGAUCGUCGUGAACUUUGACCUCCCUGUGAACCAAGCAGAGGAGCCGGACUAUGAGACCUACCUCCACCGCAUUGGGCGCACGGGCCGCUUUGGGAAAAAAGGCCUUGCCUUCAACAUGAUCGAGGUGGAUAAGCUGCCUCUACUGAUGAAGAUCCAGGACCACUUCAACAGCAGUAUUAAGCAACUCGACCCUGAAGACAUGGAUGAAAUUGAAAAGAUCGAAUAUUGAAGAAAUAACUUUAUCAUUUAGCUGUAUUUUGGUUUAUGUGAGACUGUAGGUUUUGAAGGUAAUUUUUUAUGUUGAGCCUUUUUCAACAUGAAGCUGUUACAUAUGGCAAAAUAAAUGUCAUGGUAGCCUUGGUUUUAAGACCUGAGGUUUUUUUGAACCAAAUUGAUGUGAAGCAGUUGAUUCUUUUGAAUAAAAAAGUGAAAAAAAAAAA